AAUUUUGGGCCGGGGGACAUCAAAAUAUAAUACAGUACUUAGGAUGAAUUAUUGAUAUAAUGGAUCAAUUGGGCAUUCAUACACGUGGUGGAGCCUAACUUGUGCAGUUGUUAACUUGUAGCUAGUUAGAUUAAAAAAAAAAAAUUGGAUAUAUUUUUGUUUGGCUCUCGCAUGAAUUGAAUUGAAGUGUUCUUUCUGCUAUGGGGGAAAAAAGUGAAUUCUCAUACAUCAUCGUCUCCACCAUCCUAUCAUCAUAUCUCUCCCUGACCUGGAGACUGUGUGCUGAUAUCAUUCCAAUGUGCUCUUAGCUUGAUCCAUCCAUCUAGCUCAUCGAUCAUAUCCAACCAUGCUGCCUUUCAACACUACAAAUUUGAGGUUCUUCGAGCAACUAAGAAUUCCAUGGCCACCAGAAAUGUCCCCAUGUUUGUGGGAGGAUACAUCCAUUUUUCUGCAAUUCGGCUUCCUUGGAUUCAUACUGCUCUAUAUGCUACGAAAAUUCCAACCAUCGCAACAGAAAGGUGCAAAGAGAGUAGCACCAAUAGGAAAAAACCUCACCAUCAGCCUAAGACUAGGACACUCCUACAAGUGCGGAAUUGUCUGCUCCACUCUGUCACUAGCCACUCAUCUGCUGCUACUACUCUUACCAGUCCCAGAGAAUAACAUCAGAACUCACUGCAAAUGGGAAAUCCUAAAAGAGACUUGUCAAGCAAUAUCAUGGGCAGUCACAUUGCUUGUUCUAUAUAAAAGCAGAAACAAUGCCAACCUACCUUUGAUCCUAAGACUCUGGUGGAUUUCCACCUUCUUACUGUCUCUGGCCCGUGCAACUACGGAUGCCUGUUUGCUGAUUCAGAACCAUGAUUCUCUUCAAAUGCACGACUAUGCUGAUAUUUUUUUGCUAAUAGCAUCUUCCUGCUUACUCUGCAUUUCAAUUCAAGGAAAGACAAAAAAUACGCCAAAGGACUCAAGCAGCAUCACAGAACCUUUACUCAAUGGAUAUCAUUCUCAGGAUGGUAAAACGCAGAGUCCAUACAGUAAAGCCACUCUUAUUCAACUGGUGACGUUUUCUUGGCUCAAUCAGCUCUUUGAAGCGGGGAAGAAGAAACCGCUCGACUCAGAUGAGGUUCCCAAUAUCGACAUCCUUGACUCUGCUAGGUUUUUAACCGGUUCCUUUGACGAAAGCCUCAAAUAUGUAAAGGAAAAGGACAGAACGACAAACUCGUCCAUCUACAAGGCUAUUUAUGUGUUUUCAAGGAAAAAGGCGGCAAUCAAUGCCAUGUUUGCCGUUAUUAGUGCAUCAACUUCUUACGUGGGCCCGUACCUCAUCGAUGACUUUGUUACUUUCCUCGGUGAGAAGAAACUCAGAGGGUUACAGAGGGGAUAUCUUCUUGCAUUGGGUUUUCUAGGGGCCAAGAUGGUCGAGACGGUAGCUCAAAGGCAGUGGAUAUUUGGGGCCCGCCAGCUUGGCCUACGGUUAAGGGCGGCUCUUAUAUCCCACAUUUACCAAAAGGGUCUGAUCCUCUCUAGCCAAUCACGCCAAAGCCACUCCAGCGGAGAGAUCAUCAAUCUGAUGAGUGUCGAUGUUCAGAGAAUCACUGAUUUGAUAUGGUACCUUAACACAAUCUGGAUGCUUCCCAUCCAGAUAACCUUAGCGAUAUGUGUUCUACAUAUGAAUCUUGGGAUGGGCUCACUGGUGGCAUUAGCAGCAACAAUGAUUGUGAUGACCAUAAACAUACCCCUUACUAGGACUCAGAAAGGUUACCAAACGAAAAUCAUGGAAUCUAAGGAUGAAAGGAUGAAAUCCACCUCUGAAGUUCUUAAGAACAUGAAAACUAUCAAGCUUCAGGCAUGGGAUGAUUUCUAUCUUCGGAAACUCGAGAGUUUAAGAAAUAUCGAGCAUAAUUGGCUCUGGAAAUCACUUAGAUUAUCUGCAAUCUCAGCUUUUAUCUUCUGGGGAUCUCCCACAUUCAUUUCCGUUGCAACUUUUGUUGGUUGUGUUCUAAUGGGGAUCCCUCUCACAGCUGGGAGAGUCUUGUCUGCGCUUGCUACUUUCAGGAUGCUUCAAGAUCCUAUUUUCAAUUUGCCUGAUUUACUCUCUGUCAUUGCACAGGGAAAAGUCUCGGCUGAUCGGAUCGCUUCUUACCUGCAAGAAGAUGAGAUUCAACAUGACGUGGUUGAAUUUGUUCCUAAACACGAAACAGAAUUCGGGAUUUUGAUCAAUAACGGAACGUUCAGAUGGAACACAACACAAUCAAGAAUCCCAACUCUUGACAGAAUAGAGCUAAGAGUGAGGAGGGGGAUGAAGGUGGCAGUUUGUGGGACUGUAGGGUCGGGAAAAUCCAGCCUGCUUUCCUGCAUCCUUGGAGAAAUGGAAAAGUUGUCAGGGACUGUCAAGAUUAGUGGUACGAUGGCAUACGUUCCUCAGUCUCCUUGGAUACUAACAGGAAAUAUCAGAGAGAAUAUUCUUUUCGGGAAAUCCUUUGAUAGUGAGAAGUAUGAACGAACAGUCGAGGCAUGUGCCCUCAAGAAGGACUUUGAACUGUUUUCUGCCGGUGACCUGACUGAAAUAGGCGAAAGAGGGAUAAAUAUGAGUGGGGGUCAGAAGCAACGGAUACAAAUUGCCCGUGCUGUUUACCAGGAUGCUGACAUAUAUCUGCUCGAUGACCCCUUCAGUGCUGUGGAUGCUCAUACAGGCUCACAUCUGUUUAAGGAAUGUUUGAUUGGGUCCCUCAACAACAAAACCAUACUUUAUGUCACUCACCAAGUUGAAUUUCUUCCUGCGGCUGAUCUCAUCCUGGUCAUGCAAAAUGGAGAAGUUGCACAAGCCGGCACGUUUGAAGACCUCCUAAAGCAUAACAUUGGAUUUGAGGUUCUAGUUGGAGCUCACAACCAAGCUCUGGAGUCAAUCUUAACAGUAGAGAACUCGAGCAGACCAUCAGAGAAUAUGGUCACUAAUGGUGACUUUGACACUGAUACUUCUGUGGAUUCACAAUUCCCAUGUAUCAAGCAAGAUUCUGAACAUAACCUGAGCAUUGAGAUAACAGAGAAGGAUGGGAAACUAGUGCAGGAUGAAGAAAGAGAAAAGGGAAGCAUUGGAAAAGAAGUUUAUUUUUCUUACAUGACCGUUGUGAAACGUGGUGCUUUUGUCCCAGUCAUCAUCCUAGCUCAAUUGUCUUUCCAAGUUCUACAGGUGGCGAGCAAUUAUUGGAUGGCAUGGUCCUGCCCAAGAGGUGGGGAUGAAGAGCCAUUAGCCACAAAGAUGAACUUCAUAUUACUUAUUUAUAUAAUUCUUUCAGUUGGGAGUGCACUUUGUGUGCUACUCCGUUCCACUUUAUUGGCUACAACAGGUCUUCAAACAGCGGAAAAACUGUUCAGAAACAUGCUGCAUAGUAUUCUUCAUGCACCAAUGGCCUUCUUUGAUUCUACUCCCACUGGAAGAGUUUUAAAUCGGGCAUCUAUGGACCAAAGUGUGCUUGACUUAGAGAUGGCUGGCAAGUUAGGGUGGUGCGCUUUCUCAGUAAUUCAGCUUCUUGGGACAGUUGCAGUCAUGUCACAGGCAGCAUGGGAAGUGUUUGUCAUCUUCAUUCCUGUGACGGCAAUCUGUGUCUGGUAUCAGCAAUACUACAUACCAACUGCAAGGGAAUUGGCUCGUUUAGCUGGAAUAGAAAGAGCUCCAAUUCUUCACCACUUUGCAGAAUCACUCUCAGGAGCAGCAACUAUUCGUGCCUUCGACCAAAAAAAACGUUUUGUUGAUGCCAACCUUUGUCUCAUUGACAACCACUCAAGGCCAUGGUUUCACAACGUGUCAGCUAUGGAAUGGCUUUCGUUCAGACUGAAUCAGCUUUCUAAUUUUGUCUUUGCUUUCUCUCUAGUCUUGCUCGUUUCACUUCCUGAAGGAUUCAUAGAUCCAAGCAUCGCAGGAUUGGCCGUAACAUACGGCAUAAACUUGAAUGUGCUGCAAGCUUCAGUUAUAUGGAAUAUUUGCAAUGCAGAAAAUAAAAUGAUAUCAGUAGAAAGGAUCCUGCAGUACUCAAAUCUAGCCAGCGAGGCGCCCAUGAUUAUUGAAGAUUGUAGACCUCCAGAUAACUGGCCAGACUCUGGAUCAAUUUCAUUCAAAAAUUUGCAGAUACGCUAUGCUGAGCAUCUUCCUUCAGUGUUGAAACACAUUACCUGCACCUUUCCAGGGACAAAGAAAAUUGGAGUUGUUGGAAGGACUGGAAGUGGUAAAUCCACCCUGAUCCAGGCCAUUUUCCGGAUUGUAGAGCCCAGAGAGGGAAGCAUUAUCAUUGAUGAUGUGGAUAUAUGCAAGAUAGGCCUUCAUGACUUGAGAUCAAGACUUAGCAUUAUUCCCCAAGAUCCAACGCUGUUUGAGGGAACAGUUAGAGCAAACCUAGAUCCAAUAGCAAAAUAUUCCGAUAAUCAAAUCUGGGAGGCUCUGGACAAAUGCCAACUAGGUGAUAUAAUACGUUCAAAGACUGAGAAGCUGGAAUCUACAGUGGCUGAAAAUGGAGAAAAUUGGAGUGUUGGACAAAGGCAACUUCUCUGUCUUGGAAGAGCCUUGUUGAAGAAGAGCACAAUCUUAGUUCUGGAUGAGGCAACAGCAUCAGUUGAUGCUACAACUGAUGCAUUAAUUCAGAAGGUGAUCAGUGGGGAGUUCAAAGAUCGGACGGUGGUCACUAUAGCCCACAGGAUCCAUACCGUCAUAGAAAGUGACCUUGUCCUAGUGCUAAGUGAAGGUAGAGUAGCAGAGUUUGACUCGCCAGCAAAGCUAUUGGAACAGGAGGAUUCUUUCUUCUCAAAGCUGAUAAAGGAGUACUCCAUAAGAUCAAAAAGUUUAACCGCUUAGUGAUGUUAGAUAAUUGAUCUUGGUCCCCCAGAUAUCUUUAAAUUCCAGUUUUGGUGAGAGGGAGGUCCCAUGAGAAAACAAUAUUGGAAGUAGCAAAUAUGUCUGUAAAUCUUGCCAUUAAAUAAAACAAACAAGAGAAU